AAAAAAGUUAGGAGAGUUUUAAUUGUGUACAUCAGAUUCAGUUCAUGGAAGAUAUAAUCUGAUCCAGUUUUCAUGAAAUCUCUCUCGUCAUGUAAUAGUUACCAACCCCCAGCAUUUAUGAAAUUUGAAAAUCUGGGCAUGGCCCUCUUUUGGGAAGCAAAAAAAAUCUGGUCAUAAAGCAUAACAACAUUUUUGACAUGUUUGCCACAAUAAUGAGUUGGGCUUAUCAGACCAUUACGCAAUCCACUAUAAAUAAAACAUCCAAUGAAAUCACUGCAUCUUGAUAUUGUGUACAUGGAUACAAGUGACGUGAUCUCAUACUGCUGUAUUGAUAAACACACGCACACCACUAAUUACAUGUAUUGAUAGUAGAUCAAGUUUGGAAACUUUUUUUUUUAAUACAAUAUUGCUUAAAUGAUUGAAAUAGCCAUAACUGUAGGUAUGAAUACAUGCAUUUUUAUUUGAAUCUCUCGCUUUACGUUGUUAUAAAUAGAACUACAUUGUCAUUGGUUCCCACUCUUUAUGGAAACAAUCAGAACGAGCACAACUUUUUAAUAGUCACUGAUGUCAAAGGUUAAUGCGAGGUAACGAAUCAAUAACCCUUGACUUGUGAAGAUGUUAAUAAUGGGGGAAAGUAUGACCCACUGGGUCAUAAAAAGUAAUUAGGUUAUGGGGUGUAACCCAACAAAAUUGGAUGAGUUGGCAAUUAUGCAUUAACCUUUCAUGUAAAAUGUAACAUAAUUGUAGCUGUGUCAAAAAAAAAAAAACCAGGAGUCCCACAAAGCAGAGUUCAUUUAUAAACAUGACAUCAGAUGUGCUCAGCAUUAUAUGUCAGCAAUACAUAGAAUCACAAACAUAUUGCAUGAAGUGAUAGUACAUCAGUACGCAACUUCCGAGAUAUCAGCUCUUCUGCGAUAGAGGUGCGUUUAGUGUUCUGUUGAACGCUUGGGUGGGUACAAGAUGUAUACAUAUACUAUAGACAAGCUAUGUAACUACGGAUAAAAGUAAUGAAAGUGUAAAUUUUGUUUAUAUCAGCUGUUGGUAUGCAUUAAACUGAUCAUAUUACGGUAAGAAUAAUAUUUGAUUGAAUUAUAGAGGUGCGCGGUAUUACCGGUAUACCGGUAUGUUUUCGCUACCGGUAUGUACCGCGGUACACGAGGCCAAAUACCGGUAUGUUCAAGUCCGACAACUCUUAACAAAAAUAUAAAAUGGAAACAAAGCAUAGAUAUAAAAAUAUACAAUAUAAAAUCUAAAUAUAUCUAUACAUUAAAAAAAUAAAUAUUUAUUAAAGAAACAAACAUCAACAUUUGUAUACGUUGUGACUCACUUUAUUUACAUUGUCUCUUCGUCAUGAUGUAAUGAAAGGUAUGUCUAACUACAGUACACAAUCGGCAAUACGUAUCAAGUAUUUUAAAAAAUAAAACGAUUUGAUUUUUAAUAAAAACAUAUCAAAAUUUUUAAAAACUGAUAGAAAUAAAUUUCAUUUCAAUAAGAAAACCUUUAAUAUUUGGUAGACUAUAAAAUUGUUUUAUGUUGUAUGCUUUAUGCGGGUCAUAUACCGUUCCCGCCAAUUAGGCAAACCCCGAGUAAAAUGGAAGUAGCAGACACGGAUUUUGAGAUCGUACCAAAUAAAAGAGCAAAAUCCUCAAUUUGGAAACAGUUUGGUCUGAAGAAAAGGAAGUCAGAUGGAAGGAUUGAGGAAAGUGUUGCGAUUUGUAAACUAUGUGACUCUGUGAUCAAGUGUGCGGGAGGUGGCACUUCUAAUCUUACAGCCCAUUUACGCCGUCACCAUCCACUACAAGUUACAAGUACUGCUACAGCUACCUCUGAAAAAAGUAACGCCGCGUCCCAUGGUUUUCAGCCACAAUCUCUGACUGUAGCUGGGAUGUUCGCUAAUAGACAGCUUUAUAAAUCUUCAUCACCCAAAGCAGUGGACAUUACGCAAAAAAUUGCUAAAUUUUUGGUCAAGGACCUUAGACCUUACAGAAUGGUUGACAGCCCAGAGUUUAGAGAUAUUAUCAAUGCAUUGGACCCGAGAUACCAAGUUCCAUCUCGAAAACAAUUUAGUGAGGCCAUCAUCCCUAAAAUGUACAACGCAGUGAAGGAAAAUGUACUAAAAACCUUGUCAUCAGCAACACAGGUGGCAAUCACUAGUGAUGGAUGGACCUCGAGGUCAACCGAGUCAUAUGUCACUGUCACGGCAACCUUUGUUGAUGCAAAUUGGGAGAUGCAGAAUUAUGUUCUUCAAACCAGGCCCAUGCCAGAAAGUCAUACAGCUGAAAAUGUGGCAUCUGUCAUCAGGGAGGCCUGUAAAGAAUGGAAACUUCCAAGUCCUCUUGGUCCUCCGCCACUGGUGUCUGACAAUGCAGCAAAUAUGUUAAAAGCAGGGCAGAUAAUUGGGUGCAUUCACAUAGGAUGUUUAGCUCACACUCUGAAUUUAGCAGCACAACGUUCCCUGAAAGUGAAAACUGUCUCUAAUCUGUUGGCCCGUAUCAGAACCAUUGUUGCAUUUUUUCAUCGCAGCACUGUGGCAGCAUCAGUUUUAAAAGCCAAGGCAGAACUGUUGGCUAUCCCAAACCACAAACUCAAAAUUGAUGUGUGUACCAGAUGGAAUUCUACCUUUGAUAUGAUUGAGAGAUUUCUAGAAAUGCAGGCUGCUGUCAUAGCUUCACUUAGAUGCAAGGAAUUAUCACAUAUUAAGAACAAGGAUAUAAGCAACCUAAGUGAUGAGAGUGUCUCUCUGGCAGAAAACAUUGCAGCUUGUUUGAAACCCUUAAAGGACAUGACCACUAUGCUCUGCACUGAAUCCACUCCAACUCUUUCUGUGAUUAUGCCACUUCAUCGACAGCUCAUCACCAACAUUCUAGUCGCAAAAGAGGAUGAUUCCCACACAGUUGUGGAGAUGAAGAAGCUUAUGAAAAAUGAUUUGGAAUCAAGGUAUGCAGACAAGAAAGACUUUCUCAACAUGGUGUCAGCCAUUGAUCCUCGUUUUAAAUCUUUACCAUAUCUCACUGAUGAAGAAAAGACAGAUGUGUUUGACCAUGUCACGCAGGAAGCAGUACGUCUAGCAGGAGCCAAAUUGAAACCAUUUGUUGUGAAAACAGAAAAAGAUGAAAGCACAUCUACGAUUGUUCAGCCUAACUUGCCCUUAUUGCCUGCGCUUCCUGGUGAUUCAGAAAUUCAGAUUAAAAAUGAAACAGUUGUUGAAACCAGCAGCAAGACAGGAACAUUUGCAGAUUCCUCCUGUGUCUUGCAUGACAUUUUGGGUGAUGUAUUUGUUACUUUAGUAGAGCCACCAAAAUCAUCCCUUGAGUUAGUACAGAUGGAAGUCAUCAAUUAUAAGAGUGAGCCAUCAAUUCCACUAAAGGCCAAUCCUUUAAACUGGUGACGUGACCACAAGACCAAAUAUCCACAGCUGUGUGAUCUAGCUAAAUCUUUCCUCUGUAUCCCAGCCACAAGUGUGCCUUCAGAGAGGGUGUUCUCAACUGCAGGAGACAUUAUAACUGCACAACGGGCUAACCUUAAAGGAAAGCAUGUGGACACUCUGAUCUUCUUGAAAAAAAAAUAUGAUAUAAGAUCAUAUAGAUUUAAAACAGUUCAAUUAAUCCAUCCAUUUACCAAUGUUCAUUGUUUAUUAUAGUUUGUUACUUUUGCGGGUUUUUUUUAUAUUCUUUUGUUUAUAAUAGUCAUUCCUGUUGAUUCUAGUCAUGAUACAGAGACACUGCUGUAUACUAAGUAUAUACUAUAUACUUACUUUUAUGUUGUUACUGGUUUCAAAAUAAAAUUUGACAAUAUA